AUGUGUUUGUCCAUUAUCUUAGUACUCUUGCAAAUCUUAGUGCUCUCAAGGAGUUUUGAUAAUGAAAAUCAAGUAUACGUUGAUGUAAAACAGAGUUUUGAUAGAUGGGUCACUGAACUGAGUCAAUCCUUCAGUGAACUGCACGGUAUAUCUGGUGAACCAUACUUGAAAUCUAUUUAUAAAACUACCAACUUCGGAGCACAAGAAAUUAACGAAACAACUGCAACUACAUAUCUUGAAACAGCUAUUAAAAGACUUGAGAAUAUUGUUAGUGAAAAGUCAAAAAUAGUAGAAAAUAUCAAAGUUGCAGCUGAAGAAGCUUUUGUGAAUAGACCUGAAAAUGAACCGAUUGGGUGCUACUGCAGAGCGAAAGCAUUAACCACUAUUCCUCCAAUAAAUGAAACUGACAAUUGCAGCAUGAAAUCUUAUAUUCCACUAAAACAAAGUCCUCAUUAUGAUAAUCAAUAUGUAUGUUACAAUUUUUCAGUUGUACAUGUUCCAACUAAUGUGUAUGAUCUGUCAGAUAAACUAAAACGAAUUGGAAAUUGGACUACUGAAUUGGAUAAAGUAUUCAAGUUGAACGCUGAAUCUGAUCCAACAUUGAAGUGGCAAUACUUUGGGAGUUCAACAGGUUUUCUCAGAUACUAUCCAGGUGCUAUGUGGGAAAUUCAGUUGGAUGAAUAUCGUCUUGAUUUCUUUGAUUGCCGUUCUCAACCUUGGUAUUUACAAGCAUCUUCUUAUCCGAAAGAAAUGAUAAUUUUAAUUGAUAAAAGUGGCAGUAUGAAAGGGCGAAGUGAUAUUAUCUCGAAUGCUACAGCUGCUGAAAUACUGAACACUUUAACAGAAAAUGAUUAUUUUAAUGUGAUGAUGUUUUCUGAUAGCACUAUGUACGCUGAUCCACUUAUUACUGACAGACUAAUUCAGGGUACAAAAUUGAAUAAAGAUAAAAUGAUCAAAACUUUUCGAAAAUUUAGUCCAAAUGGCACAGCUUCCUAUGAAAAUGCAAUAACAGAAGUUUUCAAACUGUUCAACAAGGUUGAUGAAAAUUUCCCACAAAGUCAUAAAUGCAAUCGAAUGAUUAUGAUUAUCACAGAUAGUGCACCGGGUUCAUAUGAACAUUUAUUGAAAGAGUUUAAUCCACAGAAAAACGUACGUGUAUUCACCUAUCUACUUGGUCAACAUUCAUCAGCUGAAGAAUAUGUGCAGGAACUUGCAUGCCUUAAUCGAGGUUAUGCUGUCAAUAUUGCCACAUUAGCCGAUGUAAAAGAGAAUGUUUUGAAAUAUUUGGAUGUCAUUGCACGAUCCAAUGCCUUACAAGAUGACGCUUACUUUAUAUGGACUGGAGUUACUGUCCGUCAAUUUAAUUUGAAAAAAUUGAAACCGGAAAAUUUUUCGAAUCCUUAUAUUAUGAAUACUCCUAGUCGUUCAUUCAUGGAUGGAUUUAUGCAAAAUAUGCUCAUAGAGCCAGAUCCUGUUAAAAUUGAUACUAUGAUUGCAUCAAAAGAAGAAUUGCCUAAAAUGUAUACAUCAUUAGCUAAAGCUGUUUAUGAUAAAACGAAUAAAGCUAAAAGGUUAAAGGAAGGAAAUCUUCUUGGAGUUGCCGGAGUUGAUGUACCAUUACAAACUUUUCAAGAUACACUACGUGGAUGGAAAAUUGGUGUCAAUAAUUAUUUAUUUGCUGUGGAUAAUAACGGGUUUGUUUUAUUCCAUCCAGAUUAUCGACCUGUUUACAAAGCUCUUUUGAAAAGUUACUACCAAAAUGUUGAUAUAAACGAAGUUGAAGUAAUGAAGGACGUCAAAAUUGAUCCUUGGUCUGGUACGCCAGAUUAUAAUACAACUUUAAGGAUUGCAAUGAUCAAUCGAGAGAAAACUUCCAUAGACAUGGAUAUCAAUAUAGUAGUCGACAAUUAUCAUACUAUGUUUGAAGCUCAUAAGAAAUACUUCAUAGCACCGAUUGAUCAAACUCCGUUUACUUUGGGCUUAGCGAUUCACUGGGAUUUAAACACUCAAAAAGGUUAUCCAAUUCCAGAAUAUCGAUUUAAUUCAAAAGAAUUAUUGAAUAAUUUACAAAUAAAUGAUUUUAGUUGUUUCGCUCCGAAAUAUGGUGAUCAACAGGCAAAAUGUGAUACUCACAACAAUAAUAGUCGGAUUGGUGCAACAAUAAUUCCAUAUGAAUUUUGUCAAUUUAACAAUGAUUUGGCAUCACUUUAUUUAAAUGAUCGUCUAUGUGCACUUAGAAAUGUACUGUUGAACUCGUCUAUGAUCGAAAAAUUGAAAUGUGAUGAAGAGUAUCUUGGUCGAAUAUAUCUAGAUGCAAAAGAAACUCGUGAUCUGCCAGCCUAUUGGUAUAAAAUAUCGAAAAGUACUUUGAUUACUAAAUGGAAAAUUCAACAAGCUUUUUCAUUUCAUCAUAGUGGUUUGAUUCGUUUUUAUAAUUUCACAUCACCUGCUUAUCCAAAUUUCAUCACAGAUCAUAUUGCUGGAGUGGAAGAUGCAUUGUAUUCAGAAACUGUUCAAACUAGCAGAUAUUUAUCUGAUGAUAAUGUUCUUGUAUUUCAUCCACCACCAAAUGAUUUAUUUCGUCAUUUUUCCAGUGAAAAGAUAGAUGUACCUGUUCCUGUAACAACUACAAUAUUUCAUGAACCAAGUAAAGCGCCGAUGGGUGUAGUCGGAUUGCAAAUCACUCAUGCAGAAAUACAAAAUGAAUUUAAUCGUAUUACGAAUACAUGUUUAACGGAAAAAUGUCAUGUUUGUGGAGAUCCUGGUUUCGACUGCUAUAUUAUCAAUCAAGCCGCAAUGGUUUUAGUAUCAAAUGUAGGGGAGAAAGAGGUGGGUCAAAGUCUAAAAGAAAUUAACUGUGCACUAGUCGAAGAUUUGGUCAAUCAUUCAAUAUUGAAUGAAACAUAUCUAUACGAUUUCCAAGGAAUCUGCAUUGAAACAGUACAAGAAACUCCUAAUUUCGGAAAUCAUUUAUACCCACCAUUUCAAGUUGUAUGGAAAAUAAUUUUAUGGUUUAUAAAUGAAAUAACCUUAUUUAUACUUGGUUUUGUUGACGAUCUCUUAUCGUACAGGAUUACAUUCGGUCAAAAUUUUAGAUACAAGGAUUAUACAAAAACGUUUCCACUAUAUCAAGGCGGAGAAAAUAACCCGCCAGCGGAAGAUUUUAUGAUCCGUCAAAAUCUAAUGUAUUACAAUAUGGAUGAAAAAAACAAUGAUGUGAAUAAUCGAUAUCAGGAUUUAUCAGAUGAAUUUCCUUAUGAAAGUUCACUAUCAAGUAAUGUAAUACAUCAAAGACCAUUGUAUACACGUAUACAGGAGAAACAAUCAAUUCAUAGAAAUCAAGAUUUAAUUACCAAUGAAUUUCAUACCACUAUCACAAAUAAUCUUAAACAAAAUGAAUUAGUUAUUGAAAAUGAAAAAUUAAUGUCAAAAACAAAUAAUACAGAACUCAAUCAAACAAAUAUUACUUUAAUAUCAGAAAUUAAUCAAGUACCUGAAUUAAAAGAAGAAUCUAUAAAUGAACUUUUUGGAAAGAUUGAUCAAGAUCCUUAUGAUGCACAGUUGAGAGCAUUAACAGCUAUAGAAACAUGUCGGAAAGAACAAACUGCUCAAAUUCAGUCAAUACUAGAUUCACAAUCAGAAAACGGUAUUACAAACAACACAGAUGAAGCUAUAAACUACACUGAAUCAACAUCUGCAACUACAAUGAAUUUAGGUUCUGGUAUACUAGGCAAAGGAGGAAAACUUGUUCCAGGUAGUUUAUUAGCAUGUGUUCAUCGAUCCGUACAACAACGUUGUCAUUCAGGAGCUGGAACUAGUAGCUUCACUGGACGUUAUGCAUGUGAAGCAAUAUGUGAAGUUGUAAGAGAACGUAUGCCACAUUUAGCUAGUCGUUUAGAAGACUGUAAACAACCGUUGACACCAUGUACAGAAAGAUUUGUUACAUAUAAUGUUGUAUUACAAAACUUAGAAAUAUCAUGGAGUGAUAAUCGUCCAUUAAAAGCAACGCAUAAUGAAGAAAUGUUUGGUGAAAAAGAUUUAACAAGUGAAUAUUGUAAUGAAUGCGGUGGACGACGUUGGUGGAUUAAAAAAAUACCGAAAACAAAUUUAUUCUUAUUGAUCAAUGUAGCUUUAUCAGGAUCACAAACUGUUCUGUGCAAAUAUCAAUCUAAGCCAAGACCAGUAGCAUAUCGAAAGAAUCCAUUAAUGCCAAGUAAAUGUCGUAUGGUUGACGAAUCAAUGGAGAAUUCGACUGUUUGUACAGAUAAUGUUAGUAAUCUUCAAUAUCAUUCAAAACUGGUACUGCUCAUAUUGGUGUUGACAACCGGCAUGCAGUUACGAAGUUGA